AUGAGCGACGACAGACCGACCCUCAGCGGCAUCGCCCACGUUGUUUCCGACAAGCUCCACGAAUGGACGGGCACCACCCACGAGGAUCGGGCCCGGAAUGAGGCCGGCCAGGCCUGGGAGCACGCCAAGGAGAGUGCACGGGAAAUGAGCGAAAGCAUGAAGCACACGGCCGGGCAUAAGCUGUAUGAGGCGGGCAACGCCUUGAAGCCGCACCGCCCCCCGGUCCGCCAGGAUGAUACCCUCGACAAGCUGAGGGACCAGAACACAAAAAUUAUUCGUCCUGGUCUCUGUCCUCAAGAUUCACUCAGGUUCUGGCCCAUGCCUUCUCUCGUCCAUCUGCUCGGGCUGCUCAUCUUCGGCGUGUUCCGCGCCGACAGCGAAGAGGUCCAUUGCUGGGAGAGAUUCGCCUCUUGCCUCGGGAAAGGCAACAAGACCUUCUGCGUCAAUCCAGAAUCCCUUGCUGACUACUCGUACCAGAAGUGCGCCUUCAAAGAUUGCCAAGACGACACCGCGCCAAUCAUGAUCCACGAGAAGACGACCUGCAUCCCCAUGGAACGGCUGGAUCAAGGCGGGAUGCUCCCGGGAGACUGGAAAUUUACUGACUGCGGAAGCCGGGGGUACUUGGACUGCGGGAUCCAUACGUCGAUAUGUAUCCACGCAGCUAACCUCGAGGACUACAACAGCACCACACGGCUUUGCACUACGAAAGGCUGCGAGGAGCAACCCUCCACCACGCCAUGCAGAGGCAAAGAUGACAUCUACCGCUGCACCUAUUUCUCUUUCGUCAAAGCCAUCAAGGGUGAUGGGAGCUGUGAAUUGACGCCGCUGGCUACCGUAUGCCCCAAAGGCCAUAUGAACUGCGGCGUACACGAGCCGAUCUGCGUCGAGGCGUUCAGCCCACUCUCGCGCACCGCCCCGCUCCACACCUACAAUGAUCGGACCGAAGAGUGCACCGUCGAAGGCUGCCCUCCUGGUCACCAUCCCUGCAAACAUGCCGCCAAGGGCCUGAAGCAGAUUUGCAUCCCGUAUUGGCACAUACAGUCCGUUGGCGAGGACAAUCAAUGCCGCCUGGUCGAUCCGAACAAGAUUCCACACCUGAAACCGACCGAAGACUGCGCGGGCCGAAAGGAUACAGUAGCCUGCUGGGCCGGCGAUGACUACGCGUGCCUCCCCUUCGAACGCUUGGCUUCGAUCAGCCUCGACAACGACAACAAAACCAUCUGCCAAUUUGCACAAUGCCCGAACGAUGGUGAGAUUCCAUGUGCCGCCGAGUGCCACAAGAUUGAAGACGUCCAGGGGGUGAAGUCGGAUGGGGAGUGUGAAUACCGCUCCAUGCGCCGCGGUACCAUCAUCAUGAUCGUCUCCUGCUCGAUUAUCGGAACCAUCACGGUGAUCGGUUUGGUGGCCCUCAUCGUCCGCGCCUACCUGACCCGAAACCAGAAGACGAAGACAGCCGACAAAACUGGCUCCAUCGCUUCGGCCAAGCUCGAGCCAGGAGCCGAAGAUGAGAAGCAGCCCUUCAUGCCCUCCAAGAACGAGAAGGCCAACAACAUCAAGCCCCAAGUC